AUGGCCAUCUCCCCGCCUCCCCCCCUGCGCGUGCUGAUCUCGGGCGCGGGCAUCGCGGGCCCGGCGCUGGCCCUGAACCUGAGCAAGCUGCGCGCGCCGCUGCAGUGCUCCAUCACCAUCGUGGAGCGGCACCCGAGCCUGCGGGCGGCGGGGCAGCAGGUCGACCUGCGCGGGCCCGGGAUCCAGGCGAUGCGCAGGCUGGGGAUCGAGCGGGAGGUGCGGGCGGCAGUGGUGGACGAGCCCGGGGUGCGGAUCCUGGACUGGCGACGGGGCGCGCCGCAGGCCUUCUUCGGCCGCAACGACUCGGGCAAGGGGCGCCAGACCUUCUCGGCCGAGUGGGAGCUGAUGCGCGGCGACCUGUGCCGCCUGCUCUACGACGCCACCCGCGACCUGCCCGGGAUCCAGUACCGCUUCGGCACCACCGUCGACUCCUGGGAGCACGUCCGCGGCGGCCGCGCCGUCCGCGCUCGCCUGUCCGACGGCACCGAGGCCGAGUACGACCUCCUCGUCGGCGCCGACGGGCUCGGCUCGCGCGUGCGCCGGCUCAUGUUCGCCGACAAGAAGCGCCAAAGCAACGGAGAGAGCAGCAACGGAGAGAGCAACGGCAGCGGCAGCAGAACCGCAAACGGCCUGUUUCCCAUCGGCAUCUCGUGCGCCUUCUACACGGUGCCGCCCGAGCCCGGCGACACGUCCGUCGCCACCUUCUGCCACUACCCCGGCCGGCGCUGGAUCAUGACCCGGCGGGACCGCCCGGACUGCCUGCGCGUAUACAUGGGGUACGCGGGCGCCGGGGCGGCCGACGAGCGCUUCUCGCGCGUGGUCCGGCACGGCACGCCGGCCGAGCAGAAGGACGCCUGGGCCGACGUCUUUGGGCGCGAUCUGGCCGACGCUUGGGGGGUCCGGCGGUUCGUCGACGGCCUGCGCUCGCCCCAGGCCGACGACUUCUACACGCAGGAGUUCGCCCAGGUCAGGAUCGACCGCUGGUCCGAUGGCCGCGUCGUCCUCCUCGGCGACGCCGCCUUCUGCCCCGCGCCCAUCACCGGCCAGGGCACCACGCUGGCCCUCGUCGGGGCCUACGUCCUGGCUGGCGAGAUUGCCCGGGCUUGCAGCAGCAGCAGCAGCGGUAGCGGUAGCGGCGGUGGUGCCGCUGCCAACGACGACGACGACGGCGGUAGCCCCUGGGAUAACCUCCCUGCCGGGCUGGCGGCAUACGAGACGACCCUCCGACCGCUCGUCAAAGGGGUCCAAGACGUCCCCGUCAAGACCAUCGUCAGCCUUAUGUGCCCGGAAAAGCCCUGGCUUAUCAAACUGUUCCACUGGAUCAUGUGGUUCAUCGCCACCCUGCGCAUUGACCUGCUCGCCGCCAGGUUCCGCUCCGAGGAAGACAGCUGGUGGAAGCUGCCAGACUACCCCGAGUUGGUGUCGCCCAAGGCGUGA